UGGCCAUGACUUUAGAUAUUGAAAUGCACGCGGCCCUGAAAAAUUAUCCUGCUGAAUGUUUGUAGCGGUUGCAGAAACUUGCAUCAUUAUUGAUUAGGUAUAUCCGUUCCGUUAUAUGCGUGACGUCACUGAUAACUUAAUCAAUGCAGUGCAUCAUGAGGAAGGACUGCAUUAGUUAUCAGUUGCAAUUAUGGCACCAAUUGCCACAUACGUGUUUCUGGACUUUGGGACUACCGGUAAAAAUCCUAAGGUAGACGAAAUAACGGAAUUGUGUAUGGUAGCGGUUAAGCGGCAGCAUCUUCUUGAUACUCCGCGUUCCCGGACGACACCCAGGGUUCAACACAAGCUUUUAUUGUGCUUCAAGGUAGAUAAGCAGAUAACUUAUGUGGCGCGCUCCGAUGGCAAGGGAGGUUUUACCAACGAAGACCUGGAACACGAAAGCUACUUCGACAUGACUGGUUUUCAAAUAAUUGACAAUUUCCUCAAACGUUUGACGAAACCUGUUUGCCUAGUCGCGCAUUUCGGACGGAUUUUCGACUACCCUCUAUUGAAGAGACAUUUAACCUCGCUUAAUGUGAAAUUUUCUAAUAAGGACCUCUGGUGUGCUGACACUCAUCUGGCUUUCUUUGAUAUUUUACAACCCGAACCAGCCGCUAGGGCGGUUGAGGUUGCGGACGAUGCAGGUCCGUCAGCGGACGAUGCAGGACCGUCAGCGAACGACGCAGAACCGUCAGCAGACGCUGGCAGUUUAUCUGCUAAAAAUACAUUGGACAUGAGAACAUUGAACGAAACCACUCCACGCAAAAGGCAACGCAUCGAACAACCAAAUAUUAACAGAGUCCCUGCUAUAAACCGGCCAUUUCCGUGGGGUGGAAGAGAAAACUUGCCUACCGAACGAUAUGGACUGGAGGACGUGUACCGUCGGGUGUUCAACAGGGAGCCUGAAGACGCACAUAAAGCAGAGGCAGACUGCAUCCUGAUGCUGGAGAUUGCGGUGGAACUUGGUCAAAGGUUCGUGGACUGGAUCGACAAUGAAAUCAAUCUUCUUCGCUUCCCUGAUGACAUAAAUCCGGUCUAGCUUAUGACUACAAUAUUUCCUACUUGCCUCUGUAGGUGUAGGUAAUGUAUGAAUAUUAAUAUCUACAUAAAUUCAGCACUUAAUUAAUACUAUUAUCAUAAUAUGGUAUGUCAAUGUUAGAUAUCGAAAUGCGAUAAUAGUUACCUAUUGUAAAGAGAUUAUGAAAAUAAAUCUGCUUUAGCGAUAAUAACGAAAUUAGUAGGUGUCAAAAAAAAUCAAAAUUCAAAAAUGUAUUGUGCAUGGAGGCCGCAAGGGCUAUUUUAUGUGUAUAAUUUUUCGUUAGGUGAUACCCAAAUCUCACUAUUUACUUCCAGAAGUUCAAAGCCAGAGAAGUUGAACCGUAGUAAUAUCAAAAUAAAGGUGGAUUUCUGUUUAUUUUUAUGUGAUUAGUGAGUUUUGGUUAACACCUGACGAUUAAUUUUUAAUAAGUGUUAUUUUUUUAUUGGAUACCUUUCAAUUUCUGAAUCAUUUGACGGCCAUUCGGCAUAUCCAAAAAUGUCACGCACACUACAAUAUCGUUGGUACAAGCAAGCCAAUUUAAAGGCUUUGACUAAGAGGGGGAUAGCCCAAAAUUUACCUUUUUAUAUUGAAUUUUUACAUGUUUCAUUCAAGUGCAAAUGUGAUGAAAAAACUCAUUCGACUACACCGGGUGCCCAGUAGGUAAUUACUGAAUAACCUAACCACCGACAGUGCACCUUAGGCUGGUCCAGAUAAUGUACUUCUAGAUCUAUAGGUACGUAUGUAGGUUUAGUAAAAGUUUCGUGGUUCUCGAGAUAAUCGAACUUCUAUGUUUUUUUGAAUAGCUCUUUUAAUGGCCUAUAUGGCCAUUUAAAUUUUUUCACUAACAUUAUUAAAUGGGCCCACGACAAUGGAAUUGUCAUCAUCAUAAAUAUAAACAAAACCAAGUGUAUGCACGUGCGAUCCCCAUACAGUAGGCAAGUUAAUCGACUUAGAAUUGGCUACACGUAUGAGUGCCUGCACAGCGCGCUACAGAACUGUGAGUGUGAGACAUGUGUGAGAGCAUCGAAGUUGUGUCAGAAUACAAGUACUUGGGCUUAAUAAUAGAUUACAAUUUUUCUUGGAAAAAUCAUAUUAAUAAGCUAUGUGAAAAAUUAAGAUUUGUACUAAGUACGUAAUUUAGUCGAGUUCGUUAUUAUUGCCCACCAGGCUUUAGUUUUGUGGGGAACAUCAAUACGUCUACCGGUAUGUCCAGUUUGACGCUACCCUUGGGACUUUUUAGAACUAGACAAAAACCGCAAAAAAAAUAGAGAGAUGGUAGGAUCGUAUAGAUGUCCUAUACCCACCUAUACCGCGUGCGCCUGUGAGGGACAGAACAUACGUAAUUCGACAAAAUUAUAAACACCUUUUAAUAUUCCUGCCAACAUACCAAAAAUAACCUCUUACAUAAUUUGGUCGGGUUAUUUGUAGCCCACCAUAAAAAACGGUGGGCAACAAAUACGUCUACGUCACGUAGGACUUUUUAGAAGUAGGCAGAAAGAACAAGUAGGACUAUGACAAGAACAAACAAUAUAGCGAUUUCUUUGCUCCUCCUACUGAAAUAUAUAUAUGUCUAUCCCGUCGGUUAAUUCAUUCAGGGAGAGAUGACAAGCACAAACAAUAAUUGCGCUUUCUUUGCUACUCCUGAAAAUUCCAUAAGACCAUCUCGUUCGAUUAUCUCCCCCUUCCCUUUGUCACUUCUAUGGUACUCCUAC